GUGUGACACAAAAAAAUUAUCAAGUGACGCGUGUCAUCGGCCAUAAAAAUUACAAAAUUAGUUUUAUUUUUUGAUAACAAACAUUAUGUUUAACAUUUCGGAAUAAGCUUUACAAGCUUGCUGCUGAAAAUGAUAGAAGCAGACAGCGCUGAGGCCGCAAAAGUCGAAACUACAACGCCGGCGAGCCCGGACAUAACAAAAGAAGAGGAAGACGUAGCGAGGCCCGAGGCGACAUUCCGUUUCACGGUCCAAAACAUCACUCAACUAAAAGAACAAGUUUUAUCACCACCAUGUUUCGUGAGGUGUCUUCCCUGGAAGAUCCUCAUUGUGGUCCGGCACACGUCCACGCCUGAACGGCAGCAGCAGAAAGCGUUGGGAAUAUUCCUUCAAUGUAAUGGCGAUUACGACACGCCUGGGUGGUCGUGCUAUGGCCUGGGAGAAUUGAAACUUCUGUCACAUAAGCCCAAUGGCGAACAUUUGUGUCGGAAACUGCAUCAUAUGUAUCAUUGCAAAGAAGAUGACUGGGGAUUCGCCCACUUUGUGUCCUGGGACGACCUGAUGGACGUAGAUAAUGGUUUUGUCAAAGACGACUCCAUCAGCGUCGAGGCGCACGUGGUAGCCGAAGCUCCUCAUGGCAUAUCUUGGGACUCGAAAAAGCACACAGGCUUCGUUGGCCUAAAAAACCAAGGAGCUACGUGCUACAUGAAUUCCCUCCUACAAACGUUGUUCUUCACGAACGUUCUCCGCAAGGCGGUCUACAAGAUACCAACAGUUGGGGACGACAGCAGCAGAUCAGUUGCCUUCGCUCUGCAGCGAGUGUUCUAUGAUCUCCAGUUCUCCGACAAACCUGUGGCCACCAAGAAGUUGACCAAAAGUUUUGGCUGGGAGACACUGGACUCUUUUAUGCAGCAAGACGUUCAGGAAUUUCUUCGGGUACUCCUUGAUAAGUUAGAAAGUAAAAUGAAAGGAACAGUCGUCGAGGGCACUGUACCUAAAUUGUUCGAAGGAAAAAUGACGUCGUUUAUCAAGUGCAAGAAUGUUAAUUGCACCAGUACCCGCGUAGAGACCUUCUACGACAUACAGCUUAGUGUUAAGGGAAAUAAUAACAUCUACGAGUCGUUCAAAGACUACAUCAGCACAGAGCUGCUGGACGGCGAGAAUAAGUACGAUGCUGGCGAGCAUGGACUACAAGAAGCGGAGAAGGGCGUCAGAUUUGACGUCUUCCCCCCCGUUCUGCAUCUCCACCUCAUGAGGUUCCGCUACGACCCCCAGAGCGACGCCUCUAUUAAGUUUAACGACAGGUUCGAGUUCUACGAGGACAUUAACCUGGACGCGUACCUCCAGGAGAUCCCGACGACUCCUGCGCACUACACCCUGCACGCUGUGCUAGUGCACUCGGGGGACCACCACGGAGGACACUACGUAGUCUUCAUCAACCCCAAGGGAGACGGGAAAUGGUGCAAAUUCGACGACGACGUGGUGUCGCGGUGCAGCAAACAGGAGGCCAUCGAGUACAACUUCGGGGGGAAGGAGGACGCGCCGUACCUCGCGCGGCGGGCUACCAGCGCCUACAUGCUCAUAUACAUACAGACGUCCCAGCUGAAGUACGUCCUGCAGGAGGUGAGCGAGAACGACAUCCCCAGCGACCUGUCCGAGCGCAUAAACGAAGAGAUGCGGUACGACAUGGUAAGGACAUGCGGCAGAAAAAUAAGGUGCCGGAAAUAUAAAUCUGACACGUCCGUCAACUCUGCCAAGUACUACGCGAAGAUUUUUACAGCAUUAAAACAGUUCUUCACUUUGCAGGCCGUACCCGGCAAAUGUAAAGGAAGAUAGUCCACCGGAGUCUAGUCUGUACGCAUUUUAUAAAUUUAUACAUAGCUUUUGAAAUAAGUAACGUUUAUGCCGAUGGCGUAAAACAGUCAAAUUCAUCAGGUAGGUUAGUAAGCUAUUGCUUUGUGUAUAUUUUGUAGUAAUUUAUGUACCGAUGUCAAUAAAAUUUGUUGCGAAUAAAUUAAUCAAUUUUAUAA